UAGUACCUCCGUUGCUCAUGCGAGGAGAUAGAUUGAGGAAAGUCUCUAGAAGAAUAUAUAGACGACCAGCAUGUUUCUGGUCAUCGGCGCAAUCCUGGCCAGCGGGCUCUUCGUCGGCCUGCUGGUCUACCAGCUGAAGUUCAAGCGGUUGAUAGACCUCAUAAGCUAUAUGCCGGGUCCGCCGGCGCUGCCCCUGGUUGGCCAUGGCCAUCACUUUAUCGGCAAGCCGCCACACGAGAUGGUAAAGAAGAUAUUCCAGUUCAUGGAGACCUACUCCAAGGAUCAGGUGCUUAAGGUCUGGCUGGGUCCGGAGCUUAAUGUGCUGAUGGGCAAUCCCAAGGACGUGGAGGUGGUCCUGGGCACCUUGCGAUUCAACGACAAGGCCGGCGAGUACAAGGCCUUGGAGCCCUGGCUCAAGGAGGGUCUCCUGGUUAGCCGGGGUCGCAAGUGGCACCAACGCCGCAAGAUCAUCACGCCCGCCUUCCACUUUAAGAUCCUCGACCAGUUUGUCGAGGUCUUCGAGAAGGGAUCGCGGGAUCUGCUCAGGAACAUGGAGCGGGAUCGCCUGAAGCACGGUGAUGCCGGGUUCAGUCUCUACGAUUGGAUCAAUCUAUGCACCAUGGACACCAUUUGCGAAACCGCCAUGGGUGUGUCCAUCAACGCCCAGUCCAAUGCAGAUUCCGAAUAUGUCCAGGCGGUAAAGACGAUCUCAAUGGUGUUGCACAAGCGGAUGUUCAACAUCCUGUACCGAUUCGACCUCACCUACAUGUUGACCCCAUUGGCGAGGGCGGAAAAGAAGGCCCUGAAUGUGCUCCAUCAGUUCACGGAGAAGAUCAUUGUGCAACGCAGGGAGGAGAUCAUCCGCGGUGGAAACGAAACCGCAAACAGCGAAGAUGCCGAUGUGGGCGCCAAGCGAAAGAUGGCCUUCCUGGACAUCCUGCUGCAAUCGACGAUCGAUGAGCGGCCAUUGAGCAAUCUGGAUAUCCGCGAGGAGGUCGACACCUUCAUGUUCGAGGGCCACGACACCACCUCGUCGGCACUGAUGUUCUUCUUCUACAACAUAGCCACCCAUCCGGAGGCGCAGAGGAAGUGCUUUGAGGAGAUCCGAUCGGUGGUGGGUCAGGACAAGGCCACGCCGGUCACGUACGAGUUGCUCAACCAUCUGCACUACGUCGAUCUUUGCAUCAAGGAGAACCUCAGGAUGUAUCCCUCUGUUCCGCUGCUGGGUCGCAAGGUGCUCGAGGAUUGCGAGAUAAAUGGAAAAUUUAUUCCAGCGGGCACAAACAUCGGCAUAUCGCCUCUUUAUCUGGGCAGAAGAGCAGAGCUCUUCAGCGAGCCCAAUAGCUUCAAGCCGGAGCGAUUCGAUGUGGUCACCACCGCCGAGAAGCUCAAUCCCUACGCGUACAUCCCCUUUUCGGCAGGACCUCGCAACUGCAUUGGCCAGAAGUUCGCCAUGCUGGAGAUUAAGGCCAUCGUGGCCAAUGUCCUGCGGCACUACGAGGUGGACUUUGUGGGCGAUACUUCGGAACCGCCUGUCCUGAUUGCCGAGCUUAUCCUGCGCACGAAGGACCCGUUGAUGUUCAAGGUGCGGGAGCGAGUCUACUAAACCUUAAACUCACAUGCUGUUCCUCCUCCACUUGUAAAUAAAAUGUAAAUUAAAUGCAGAAGAACA